AUGCAUCGUGAUGAAAUUUUAAAGGGCCGUGGGGACCCAGGACGCGUCGACUCUUCCUCUGCAAGGAGGCGCGGCCCGACCCGCCGGCCCUUUCCUGGGAGCAGCAGCCCCGCGCCAACGCCACAGGGCAGGGGGAAGCCGGCUCUCGGCGGAGGAGGCCCGACAGCAUCCAGCCCGCAUCCGAGCCAUCCCGCCGCCGCCCGACACCGGACCCCGCUACCCCCGCGGCCCGGCUCUCCCCACGCGCGCCCCACGGCCUCUGACCCGGCCCCGCCGCCCCGCUUCCUCGCCGUCGGCCCCGAAGCCCCCUCCCCGCUCUCACCUCAACGACUCCGGCCCAAGAUGGCGGGGAGAAAGAGCGAGCGCAGCCGCGGGGCAGGCCGGGAUAGGAAAGCAAACGUGCAGUCGCAAAAUGACAGGCUCCUAUUUAGCCAGCCUCAUCGUAGCGAAGGCCCCCUUCCUGAAGCUUGGACGGUAACCAUGGAGAUCAGCCCCUCUUUGCUGGUGGGCGCCGGAGAGGGGCUGCUCAAGCGGCGGGGACCCCCGCUGCCCCCUGUGGAUGCUGUUCGGGUUUACACGGUGCUGGAGGACUGCGUCGACCAGCUGACCGUCCUCGGGCACAUCAUGCCAGUUCCGUAUGAGGAGAGGAGAGAUGCCUUCAGCGUCGAUGGUGAACAUGUCAAUGAGAUUCUCAGCAGCCAGAAGUAUCUGGGCACCAAAUUCCAGCAGCUUAUGGAUUCCCGGGCAGAGUGCCAGUCUAAAAUCCCCCUUGAGCUUGGCAAGAUCGCAGAAUUUGGCCGGCAGCUGCAGGAGACGAGUGUCGGGCUGAAGAGUACCAACCGCCUUUUCAGCUUGGCUGCGAAGCGAACUACUCUGCCCACGGACCACCUCAAGAAGGUCCAGGCUGACAGGCAAUAUGUAAGCGAUGUGAUUGAACACACCUUGGAUGAGCUGCUGACGCUGGGAACCUUCCAAACCUUGCUGAGAGCUGUCAACUCAGAGAGAAAAAAGAAGAUCCAGCUCCAGGACAUCAUCCUCAGGGAAGAGAUGGGAAGAAAGAAAAUAAAGGCUCUCCAAAAACAGAUUAAUGAUGUUAAGAAAGAAAAGGAGUUUGAACUCCAGAACCGGGACGAGAUGAUCGCAUACCUCAAGGACCAGCUCCAAGAGAUGAAGGCGAAGACCGACAUGGAGAACCGGUACGUCAAGAAGGACGCGGAUUUGCAGAUCGCCCAGACGCAGAAGAAGUGUGCCAACGCCGACAACGAUCUGCAGAAUGAAGUGGAGAGACUGAGAAAUCAUAUGGACGAAGAGAUCAGAGUCCACCUGGACAUUGAGAAUUUCCUCAAGCACCAGCUAAUGAUCAUAGAAGAGAGGCUGGAAUACUGGAUGGAGAAGUAUGAGAAGGACACGGAGGCCAAGCAGCAAGAGCUGAACUCCGUGAAGGCUUCCAGAACGGCUGACCAGUUAGCCCUGCAAGAACUGGCCAAGCAGUGCCUUGUGUGUGAACAAGUAAUCAUAGAGGAUCGGAAGGAAAAAGAGAACGCCCGCAAGAAGCUAGAACAGGAUGCUCGGGAGAUGAGGAGCAUUCUGAAGCUGCAGGCCUGGUGGAGAGGAAUGAUGGUCCGUCGGUUCCUUGGCCCUUACAAGGCCCUCAAAAAGCUCUUCGAGGAAGAGCCGCCACCCAAAGAAAAAGGGAAAAAGGGUAAAGCCGGGAAACCGGGAGCAAAGAAGAAGAAGUGA